UUUUUUUUUUUUUCUUUCUCCUAUUCUUUACUCACUUACUUUGAAGGUUUACUUGUUUAUUAUUAUAUUUAUUUUAUUUGAUUGUUAUUCAAGAAAAUGUCGAAAACCUCUUCCUUUGUACGUGAAUACAAAUUAGUCAUGGUUGGUGGCGGUGGUGUUGGUAAAUCAGCAUUAACUAUACAAUUUAUUCAAUCUCACUUUGUUGAUGAAUACGAUCCAACCAUUGAAGACUCUUACCGCAAACAAUGUGUUAUUGAUGGAGAAACUGCUUUAUUAGAUGUGCUUGAUACUGCAGGUCAAGAAGAAUAUAGUGCCAUGCGUGAACAAUAUAUGCGGAAUGGUGAAGGAUUCCUUUUGGUAUAUUCUAUCACUUCUCGAAUGUCAUUUGAAGAAAUUACAACAUUUUAUCAACAAAUCUGUCGUGUUAAAGAUCGUGAUUAUUUCCCGAUGGUAUUGGUGGCCAAUAAGAGUGAUUUGGAAUCAGAUCGACAAGUUUCAACUCAAGAGGGACGUGAUCUCGCAAAGGAAUUUGGAUGUCAGUUCAUUGAGACAUCAGCCAAACAACGAAUCAAUGUCGACGAAGCUUUCCAUGAUGUGGUACGCGAUAUUCGGAAAUACAACAAGGAACAAGAAACCCGUGGAAAACAUGAUCAAUUUGGUGUUCAAGAUGCCCCUGAUGCUUCUGCUGACAAGUGUUGUGUUUUGAUGUAGAUUUUUUUUUCUUCUUCUAUGGAUUGUAGUUUAUAUUCCCUUCUAAUAUCAUUUUGAUACUUUCCCUUUCCUCAUAUUAUUAUUAUUAUUUUUUACUAUUUAUUUUACUCCAUUUUUCUGUCGUCUUCCCCUUUACAUCCUCCUUCCCUCUCCAUUCUCCUUCUCUUUUUUCGAUUCUUCUAUAUAUCUCACCCGUUUUUUUUUUUUUUU